AUGAGCCGACACGCAACAGGUAGGAGAGACAAGUGCACGCGAGGCGAGCAGCCUGUGUAUCACUGAGGUACACGAGUGUGCAGAUACACUGUGUUUGUUUGUUUGUUUGUGUAGGUAGACUGUGUUUGACCUCAGUUAGUGAAUUAAAAGGAAAAAAACAGGUCUCAUUUCGAUGCUUUUGUUCACUGGCAGCUCUUCAGCUAACUUCUUCUGAGCUGGAAUUUGUUGGACCGGUUCCCCCUGCAGUCAUAAAGAAAGGAGGAAAUUCUUGUCGGGCGUGUUUUCAAUCAAAAUAAUCAUUUUCCCACAAACCUUUCAGACGUGCAGGAGUCUGCAGAGGAGUGGACCCCCUCCCCACCGCUGCCUGCGGAUCAUGUGUUCAACUCCGGAGCUGUGCUGUUCCCUGGUAGAACUGCUCUUACUAUUAUCCAUGCCUUUGUACAAAAUGGCCUUAAUUUACACAGUUAAAAGUAGCCUUAGAUGUCACUGCAUAUGCAAAAUUGUUACUGUAAAAUACUUCCCUUAAUGUCUUAAAGGAAAACUUUGGUGUUUUUGAGAUUUGCAGCCUUUAACUAUCAUUAACUUUGCACAAAUUGGGGUCAAAAAUUGCUGGAGGGGUAAAACAAGCAGUCAUGGGUGCAGCUUGAUCCUUUUGAGGGUAUUUGCAAAAACAGAACGAAUCAGAAAAGGCUGUUACAUCAAUCUCUGCAAAACCAGGAGGAUAUAUAAACAAAAACAGCGAUUUUAGCCCAUAGAUGAAGGAACUGUUGGUCUUGGGUGAGAUGAUUCGUGUGACUUAAGGCUUAAAGAUUGUUCAGGGAGAUACACCAAGAAGCAAAUCCAGCAUACCCAGUUUUGUUUUGUUUUUUUGAGGAAGCUGACUUUAAAAAUCCUGAAACUCCAGAUAGAGAUCAUGAGAAUCAUGAAGCUGAUUAUGAAACUCUUCUUUCGUUAAUGUUUUGAUUCACUCCAUGAGCAUGCUAAUGUGAAAAGGGGUGUGUAGUGCAAAAUUUGGCAAAGAGGAUCAACCUCUGAGUGUUGGCUUCAGUCAGACUGAUGCAGUGAAAGUAAUGAUGAAUUUACUUAAGGAUGUACACUGCUGCUGCAACCAAAAGGACAAAUCUUGCAGAAAAUAUUGCCACUUCUUCGAUUUAUGUUUUGUUUCAACACAUUCUGAGUGCCCUCUAUUUAUUUCUGAUGUGACAGCUACAGAUUUCACAACUCAGAAACAACAACAAGCAAGAUUUCAGCAGCACUACCACUUCAUAAAAACAUAGAAAUAACUUUUAUUUCCACUUGUCAGACUCACAACAUUUGUAGAGAGGCCCAGCUGUAAUUACCGUAUCAAAUAUGUAUGUUUGCUUAAAGCCAACUGUGUUUUAUUUUGGUGGGAAUAUCAUUUCCACAUGUGAGAUAAUGAGUUAUAUCUGCUUGUACAGGUGCUUAUGAUCAACAUGGCUGCCCUUUGAUCGUGUUCCCGGUGGAUGGGCAAGAGAAACUCUCCUCAGAUCUGAGCAAAGCAGAAGUGGUGGACUUCAUCAGUUACUUUCUGUGUCUGCACAAGUACGUGGAGUCAGAAACCGUUUCAGCGCUGCUGGUGUUUGUUAGAGGGAGAACAAGCUGUGCUGAUGGUUGGAUUGUUCUGUCUCCACAGUAAGAAGCAGCAGAAAGAGAGUUUAGUGUCGGUGGUGGCUGAUCUGAGGCAAGCCUCGCUCCAAACGACCAGGUUCAUCGCUGAGACUCUGCUUCUGCUGGAGGUACGGCUUUGGUAGAGUUUACUAGAGUGAUUCUGUUCUCUAAAUAAAUACUCAAAUAACACCAAGAUUUCCACGCUUAGCUCGAAAGAUGAUUAAUUUUUUUAAUGGAUUUUCGCCACUUGGCUGACAGGAUGUUUUAUGACAACCGAAUACUGAACUCCAUUAGUGCAUUAGUGCAACUCACCUACUCUCUUCCAGCAGCCGUUUGUUUGUAGCAAGACCUCGGGCCAGUACAUUACGGACUGUUGUGGGGUGCCGCAGCUCAAGGAAGAACAUUUAUGAUCAUUUCUUUAUCAUUUCCUUUAAGUAAUAAUCCCUAUAUUAAUCAUUUUGCACUGCAGACACGGUAGUUCUUCUGCCUUAGCGUCUCGGUUGGAUUGCAUUUCCAUGAAAAAAAUGAUUAUUUGUGGCUAUAGAGUGGCGUCUUGGUUGAGGUUUGUUUAUUGCUUCUCAGUCCGCUGUGUAUUGCUAUCGUGCGGUCAUUACUAAAGUUGGUAUAACUAGAGACCAAGCAGUCGGCAACAUUAAUCUCUGUCUAACUCGGUGUUACGGUGUGUUUGACCCUAAAUUAAUUUUACGCCGGAAUAUCCCUUUGAAGCCGUGCCAGUCCUUCCCACAGAAUAGAGCUACUAAAUCUUUCUAUAGUAAUAAUACAAAGAGUGAUAUUGAACUUAAGGUGCAGAGGGUCAUUUUAGGGAUUUUAACGGACGUAUUUCUAUGAAGGCCUUUGGGUGAAAUACUUUUUUGGAUUCAGGGAAAAAUUAAGUUGCAGAAAGCAGCCAAGUGGUAUCAAACUCUAAAUCUUCUACUUCAAAACCCAAACGUUAAACACACCAAAGUUACACGGCUGUGAGGUUAAACUAGCCGGUCUUGGUUGUGAUGAUGGAUAUCUACCUUCCCUAACACCAAUGCACUGCAGCGGUGGGAAAAACUGUUGUGCAACGGAGUGACUGCAUCGUGAUCAGAGCAGAGCUUCAGUCGGCAUGCUCAUCAGAGAGCCCUCCCUCUUCCUUGAGCAACUGUUUACUAUGAAAGUGUAUCAGGGUUCAGCAUCAGGUAAACAAGCACUCUUUUCUCUCAGCAAGAAACAAUGCGUAAGUCUGACCUCAACCCGAACCCUGUGUUUCUCAGUUUGACACCUUUUGGACUUCUGGAGUUUUUUCUUUCUUCCAAGCUUCACUUUAGCAGGCUAGAGUCAGCGUCUGGUAAUAUUUACCUUGCAGAGAGAGGAAGUGAGUUCACAUGAGUUCACUUCAGGUGGUACAUGAAUAAUAUCUUUCGCUGAGUUAAAGUCCUAUAUUUCAAAUCUUGGCUUUAGAUUUAAUGGAAAUUUCACCUUUUUUGUGUUUUAAUGAAACCGAAUUUCAAAAUCAAGUAGGAAGUCAUUAUUUUGUAGUCCUUGCCUGACCUGAACCCUUCAUUCCUUUAUGUAACCAGGCAGGAAAAUUUCUUUGGCACAAGUUUUUUAAUAUCGAGUGUAGUCUCAGAACCCAUCAGUAAUACCUCUGGAGAAUAAAGAUCAGCUGUUCAGAUAUCUCUCAUGUAGCCUCGAGCUGGCCACACACAACUUUAAAAUGAAGGCUUUGUUUUCUGCAUCAUUUACAGUAAUAUCAGCAGCAUCCCUCCAGUAUGUGCAGAAACCAAAGUCUGCAGAUACCUCGAUCAAAACUUGAACUACAAACCUACAAAUGGGAACUGGGACACUCCUAAUUGGCGAACAGAUUUUACCUUUUUAAAUUCUAAAUCCUUAACUUUGAAUAAAAUGCAGCUCAACUGUUUGAUUCCUACAGGAGAAAUGUAACUGCAUGCUAUCUGUUCUAGCAGAUAGGAUUCUUAUUUUUAUGUAUGAAUCCUCCACAUUAAAGUUAAUGUGUAAGUUCAGUUGAGUAAAUUGUACUCUCAGUGAAACAGCAGCUUUGCGUUUCUCCUGAUUGAAUUAUACAUGAGCAGGACUUUGAGUCGGUACUCUGAACAGGGAGACAUCCUGAACCCGUGAUCCCCCCCUUUUGACUAACAGAUCUGUUUCCUCCAGGAUGAAGUUAUGCAACAUUUGUUUUAUUGCUGUAUAGAGAUGGAGCCUGAUCUUAAAAAUGAGACCCCGAGUGCGUCAUCUCUGGUUCUCGUGGAAUUCCUCCGUGUUUGUGUUUGAGAGGAGGGGGAAAGGGGGUUGGAGGUCACAUGCACGCCUUGUCACAUGUUGUUAACCGGACAGAAAAGCCUCAGUGAAAUUGCAUGAAACGAGCACUGUUGUGUAGAGGGAUGAUACAUUUUUCCACCCAGAUGAACUUUUUAACAGGUUUUGUGGUGCAGUCGUAGUCGCUGUCCUGCAUUCCAGCAUGUUUAGACGUUUAUUUAAUUACAAACUGCUGCGAAAGGGAAAAUCUGAGUGCAGCUUUGUAAUGAUUUAUGUGUGCAGUGGUCCAUCUAAACUUAAGAUGACUUCUGGAAUUUUGUUUUUCCAUGACUGAUGGAUGCAUUUAAAAGAUGCAUUCAUGGGUAAAUUAUGGUAUCCAUUAAGCGUGCACAUAUAAAUCAAUGGAUCAAACGAGGGAAAAUCUCUCAGGCUCAUUUCCUGAAUGCCGGUAGGUCCUGGGAAUAAUAAUUUUCCACGCGUUAAGAAACUUAAAACACUUCUAAAUCCUUGUGUCAACAGCAUAGGCUCUGUACUGUUGGCUAAUCUUGUUGGACCAUCCCAGAGAGGCUUUGUGUCUUAAGUUAUACUUUUACUGUUUGUAGUUUAUACUGUGCAUGAACCACAUGAACACCUUGGUAAUCUUAUCCAUCUCAAUACAGCAGCUCUAUUUUAAAGUAUGUAUUUGUGUUAUUACAGUGAUCAGGAAAAUAACAGCAGCACCUACAUAAGAUAGUGUUUCCGAUAAACCUUCUAUAAAUAUUUUCUUCUCACUUAUCUGGUCCUGUCGCUCUGCCAGAGCCCACACCCUGUUGCAGAUUCAUUGCUUUGUAUUUGUAUCUGUUUUCUUCACUUUGGUAGAUGUCCCUGUUCACUCAGCUCCUUUGCUAAUUCAACAUCCCUCUCUAGUUUCCUUCCCUUGUCUCCUUUUCUGAGAAUCAUGUCAAAAAAAUAUCCUCCAACUUGUGUUUUUGCCACACUGUCAACAGGAAGGGGUAAAAUCAUAAACUUUGUAAAUGUUUCGGACCACUUCCUGUGGAUUGACUCCCUAAUGUGUAAUCAGGUGUCUCAUAGUGUUACUCUUGCUAUUUAUGUUGCGUUCCAGUUACCUCGGAAGUCAGAUGUCGGAGCUGGGAAUGACGUUACACCCGAGUUGAUGGUGUUCCAGUAAACAAGUCGGAAAACCAAGAGGGAUGCCUACUGUUAGCCGUUGUUAGCUGUUGUUAACAAUUGUCAGCUGUUGUUUGCUGUUGUCAGUUGUUGUUGUUAGCUAUACAAGUUGUAAACAAUGCACAACGCAGUAUUUUACUUUUAAAAACACCAUAGCAGCGUGUUCACAGUUAGACGUUGGGCAGUAAAAAUUAUACAACUUAUUUAAUUUUACAAAAACAAAACAACAGUGCUAAUACAUAAUACAUAAUGCACAAUACAAGAGCUUUUACUGUUACUCUGUACUGUUGAUGCACUGCGCUGCCAUCUUGAAUUAUGACAUUGUCGUCAGCAUUAGAAGUGAUAACUGUCAGGUUUUGACCAAUCAGAAUCAAGUGUUUUACAUGACUUUUUUUCAUUGUUUAGUUUUGUUCUGUUUGUUCCAGCUGCACAAGCGGACAGUCCACAGUGUUUACAUCGUUCAGCCCAAAAAGAAAGAUGUUCUGAAGUUGCUGCUGAAACUUCUGUCUCCAUCAAAGUCUUACGCUACCUCUUUCAAGGUAAGUAGAAACACUUUGCCUAGACCUGAAUUUGAUAGUGGUUCCAAAAGGAAAUUGAACCUCCAUCCAAACCAGAUUUGUUCUUUUUACAGAAAGUCUUCCUGAAGGAAAUCUCAGAGCUCUCAAACCACAUCGACAGAAGUCAGCUGACCGUGCCGCUGGGUGGUUAUCUCAUUUACUGUCAUCAGAGCUGGGUAACCUUUGUGAAGGUGAUUUGUUGCUUCAUUUUUUGGGCCAGAAAAACAUAUUUGCCAUGUUUUUUUUUUUUAUCUGAAAAGCAACAUUAAAGUUUAAACAGUUUCAAAUUAAACAGAUUUCAGACACUGUAUGCUGUACAGCCCUAAUUUCAUUGACUCCUAAAGCUCCUGUGAGGAGUUUCAAACUACUUGAGAAGCACAUUGCAGAUGUAUGAGCUACCCAUGGACACAUGAUCCCUCUACUAUCAGGGAUGUUUGCUUUUGAAGUACGUGUUGAAAACAAGUUCAGAUAAGAUGAGAUGUUCCUUUUAAUAGUCCCACAGGGGAAAUUCCAAAUUUACAUCAGCAUAGUACAGAUACAAAAAGAGAAAAAUUCAAAGAUAAAGAAACUUUGAGUUGAAAAAAGAUAUUUACAUGGUUCAUAUUUAUAUCUGUACAGGAUUUACAUAUCUUUCUGAAUCUUAUCCAGAAAUCUUGGACAUGCAAACCUGCCUAAAAAAAUAAGAAGUGUUGAAUAAAUUGUCCAAAAGAUUCUUUCAUAAGUGAGCUUCAGGGAAAUCUGCAUGAAUACCCUCUUUGAUUUCACAAAAACGACGAUAAUUUAGCAGAAAAAAACUUAUUUCAUGAAUACAUGAAUAAGUAUACCGUCAUAAAGUAAACAUUGAGAAUAUUUCUGUGCAUGAGACUCUUAUCUAUGUGAAUACAUCAAAGCUGAACCCACAAAGCCGUCUUAUGAUCUGUCAGAGGGUUUAAACACGAGGUCAUAUUGUCCCCCACCCCACACACACACACACACACACAUACACACACACUCUCACACUCAGUGAUUCCGCUUACGUCUGAACGCAGAUAAACUCUCGAUUUGGCGUCGAGCGGUGCAGCCAGAGUAUUUUUAUUCCCUCUGCCUGUGUGUGACGGAGAGCGUGCUGCGCUCACUCAGUCAGGAGAUGUUCAUUUUGUGAAUUCAUUCAUGAGAUCCGUCCAUGCGGCCGGGCCUAUUGUCCGUUACCUUGGUGAAGCUCCAGAGAAAGCCUGCUGUAAUCAGCUGACCUUAUUAGCAAGUGAAAGGAGCCCCUCUCUCCAUCACAUUAUACAUUCAGUCAUGUUCAACACGGGUCUUUGGCCACGAUGACAGUGUUCAUUAACCAUGGCUGCUCUCCGCCUAUAGAGGACCUACUUUGGAUGCUACUGCACAGUCUUCACAUGACCUACUUCUGGAUUAUUUGGGGUGGAACUCUGUUGAGCUUAAACCAGUGAAGUCUGACAUAUUAGCAGCUUUUUUUUGGUUUGAAAGUACUCGAAAAAGGAUGUUAGAAAAGCCAAAUCUAGGUUUUAAAACUAGUUAGUACAGCAGCAGAUUUAAAGCAGAGACAGAUAACCAAUGAUGAUUUUGAAGAUUAGGACAGUGGCACAGCAGGUUGUAAAAGCUGCAGUGUGAACCUUGAUCAAGCCCACAACCUGAUUAAAGUGUAUUCACUUAAAAAGUAGACAAUUGUGAAUCAAAACUUUUAUUGUGAAUUUCAGUCGUUUGUAUUCAUAUAGGGCCAGGUUGAAGUCUGACAUCAUUAAAGAUACAGAUCCAAAAAAGUCAAAUUAACUCAACUUUAUUUGUAAAGCACUUUAAAACAACCACAGCUGAACGAAGCGCUGAACAUAAAUAGAAAAAACAAUGCAGACAUAAAAAACAAUUUAAAAAAAUGGAUAAAAUAAAAGCAGAUAUUAAAAAGUAAAAUAUAGUUUCACUGUUUUUAAAAACUAAUUUAAAAACAUAGAAACAAAUAACUAAAAACAAACCAUAAAACACUGGAACAGGAGCCGAGUCUCAUGCCAGGUUGAAAUCCAAUGAAUAAAAAUGGGUUUUAAGACGAGUUUUAAAAACUUUGUGUUCCUUGUUUUUUUUCUCAGGAGAUCAGUGGGUUCGUUCAGGAGUUCCUCGUUGUGGUCCAGCGGCUGCCUUCGUGCAUCUCCACCCUGCAGGCCCUGUCCGGUCUGCCUCUGCCCUCCACCUUCAGUGAACUGCAACACUUCUGCUCCACCAACGAAGCCAAAUUUCAGCAGCUCAGGAGGUGAGGAUAGUGAGGAUGUACUUCACCUCACACAGGCCAAUACUGCGUCAUUGAAAUAUUAGACAAUGAUGGUUUUGAACCUUUUUGCUGACCAGGGUUUUCCUUUUUUUAUACUAAUGUGAAAAGGCAAAAUAAAGAUCAGGAUUACUUUUAAGAACUUGUUAUUUCUAAAGGAACUUUUAGUAAGUAACUAAAGUUUAUUUAUAGAGCACUUUUCACAGAUAAAAAUCACAAAGCGCUGUACAUAAAAUAAGUGCAAUAAGAUAAACAUAAACAGUACAAAAGAUACGUACAGAUACAUACUCAAAUACAAAUACAGUACAGGUGAGUACAGAAGUAAGAGCAGAUUAAAAAAGAUAAGUAAAAGAGACAAAACAAAACCUGUGUAUGCGUUAAAGAAAAGGGUCUUCAACUGCUUUUUUCAAAGAAACAAUCAAGUGGAGGGAGAGGGGCAGAUCGUUCCAGAGUCUGGGGGCUACGAUAGUAAAAGCCAGGUCUGCCUGAGUUUUGAAACGGGCCUUCAAGCUUCUGGCCUGACAACAGAAGGGUGUGCCCUGAGGAGUUGGGACACAACAAGUCAGCGAUGUACUGGGGGGGUCUGACCAUGCAGCUCCCGGAAAGUCAGAACUAAAAUUUUAAAAUUAAUAUGAAAAUUGACCGAGAUAAGACAGGGGUGAUGUGAGCAGAUUUGGGCGUGUCUGUCAGAGGUCUGGCGGCCGAGUUUUGGACAAACUGAAGUCUCUUUAUCACCGCCUCAUUAAAACAGAUGAACAGAGAAUUGCAAUAAUCAUGAGAUGAGAUAAAUACACGAAUGAUCAGUUCAAGAUCUGGUUUCUUCUCACUUCAGAGAUAUUUCUCAGGUGAUUAAAAACAAUUUUUGGUCAGCUGUCACGAAUGACCCUCUAAAGACACAGCUUGAUCAGACACAACCCCGAGGUUUCUGAGGCUGUUUUUAACACAUGGACCCAGAGCUCCAAGGCGAUUUUUAAUCAAGGGGAUUUUUUUCAUCAGGAGCAAUAAUCAGAGUUUCUAUUUCGCUUGAGUUUAUCUGAAGGUAAUUUGAAGAGAGCUAGUUAUCGUGUUGUUGUGUACACACUCUUCGUUGUUGCCCUGAAUAUCAUCACGCUGCGAUCAUUUCACACAACCGAAUCAAAAGCAUGGCUGAUGUCCAGCACGACCAGCUCUCCAUCUUUUGUUACAUCCCUCUCAGUCAUUUGCAGCCAAAAUAAAUCAGGGCAGACCGAGGCGGCGACACCCUCAUUAUUCCCCAGCAGUGAAUAAAGAGGCUGUAAACACACUCGCUCUCGUCUUUUGUCUUCAGCUUUGUCGCAACAGUUUCCUCUGGGUUUCAACACGGAUGAAGAACUUGAAUAACCUGCGUGGAAAGCAAAACACCGGUUCAUUCAAAGGCAACAGAGCAUUAUAUUACAGUGACUUAUUUCCUUCUUAAUCUAAAGAGACUCACAAUAAGAGCAUUCAGUAAGAAAGAAGGGAUCCUGCCAGUUCAUCAAAUUGUUUUAGUGCUGAUUAGAGCCGUGUCUGGAAAAAUUAUGUAAAUCUGCAGGUAAAGAAAGACGGUUUUCUUCUGAUUCCUCUGUGGCUGAUAAGAGACUGAUGUUAAAUUUAAAAUGUGUAUCCAGUUUCUCCGUGGUUUGGGUUGCAUAACAGAGAAACAAAACAUUUAAUUGUACUGAAUGACAUUUCCGUGUGGCCUCCACAUCGUCUUUAAACUACUGUGAAUUUGUUUUUUUGAUACAAAGGGAGCUGGGUUUGGACGAGCUGCUGACUCACUGUGAGAAAAUUCUGGAGAAGCUGCGUUAUCCCGAGAAGGAGGCGUGCUACCAGGCGAUGGCCGGCACGGCGCUCUUCACUCACACAGCGGUGGACAUGCUGCAGAACCACAGCAGGUACAGAGAGCUGAGUCACUGAUGGAGUCUUUAUCUUAAUCCUCUGUAAUAACACUGACCACACAUACCUUAAAGCGCUGAUGCAACGCUGCGUGUUGCACAACAGGAGCGCUGCGUCUUAAACAGUGUGGGUUUUGUUGGAGGGUUUUUCUUCCACUUGAGGCGUACGUUAGUGAAAGGAAGCAUUUUUUCUGGACUUGCUCCAGUGAAAAGAAAAUGGGCUGUGAUGACUGCAACAUGAUCCUUGUUCACUAACUGAGGCUUAAGUGUCUUGAAACAUGGCAGGAAGGAUUCACAGAGAGAGAGAGAGACGAAGAAGAGACGCUUUGUUUUGGACUGAUGUGUUUUGUCCUUGUGGUAUUAGCCAGGCGCUUGUUACUUGUCAUAUUCUAGUGGUGAUAAUAGAUAAUUAAACAAUGCUAAAGUUUUAACAAAGGUGCAUGACUAAAGUAAUAAUUAUAGUGAAUAUUGCAAAAACAAAAGAAGAGAGGAGGAGGAUGUUUUUAUUGACCAGCAACAGAUUAUAAAAACUGAUGUCUACUGAGCAAAAUAAGAAAUAAGAGUAACUCUACUGCAGUAUGCUGUCAUUGAUUUAAACUCAGUGUUCCUACGUAAAUAUGGAAAUAAAUUCGAUCAAUUUCCAGGUCUUUAAAAGUAUGGAAAAUAAAAAAUAAAGUGUGGAAAAAUAUUUGUUUCCAGGCUGUUUCCACAGUUCUAAAAAUACUGUUUUCUGAAAUAGAAAAGUAGUUUUUUUUUUAAUUUCUAAAAAGUAGGGUGUGGAAAAGUAUGGAAAUUCCAACUGUGUAAAAACCCUGUAAACUAUUGCUGCAGAAGUUUCAGGUGUUUUUUUAUCUGUUUGUUACCUUUUUCAGGAUAACCUCAGCUGUAGACAAAGUGGACCUGUUAUGGCAUCAGGCUUUUUCCAAGGCUCGGCUGCAGCUGCAGGUGUGUCAGCUGAGAGAGGACUGUCUACAGGUGAGCCAGAGGACAACUUUGAACAACGCACUGUUGUAAAUACUAUGAAUUAAAAAUGAAAUACUGACUAUUUCAAAGCUUCAAUCAGCCUUCAUUAAAGGCCAGUAAGUGCUUUUAAGACAAAGUGUAUUUUCUUCUGCUUCAGGUCACAGAGCAGAUCAAAACUCUGUUUGAAGAGAAGCUUCAGCCGUAUAAAAUAGAGAUCGCUCGGGAUGCAGCAAAAGCGGCGAGGCUGGCGUCUGAAUUUGAGACGUCUGUUCACACUCCUGCUAUGGUACUGUUUACUUUCUUUACUUAUCCUUUUUACUUGUUUGAUAAGAAUAAACAUGUAUCUCAACUGUCUGUGAAUUCAGUCUAGUUCUGCUGCAAGGAAUUUUUCAUCAUGUGUUUUUCCCUUCUUUGAUUCAUGCCUUAAUUAACUCUGAUCGCCCUCCUCCGGUCUUUAACAGGCUCUGGUACGCCGUGCUGAAGACGUGAUCCACACGCUGUUGGAGAUCCUGCCGUGUGACGGUCAGCCUACAGAGCGUUGGGCUCAGGAUCUGGAGAGGCUGAAGGAGAAACUUUACUCUGCCGUACUCUUCAUCCUCCAAACACUGGCUGCAGUUUCCAGCUACCAUCGCUACUACAACAAGGUAAGACUCUUAUCUAGGCCCUCCGGCGGCCUUAUUACCAAAGACUCUUUACGAAAACAGAGUUCAAAACAACAAAAAAGUGUCCUUUAACAAGAACCAUGUGUUCUCAAGGGUUCUCAUUUAAAGUAUACUUUCCUUCUCAAUCACAUUUGUAACAAAAUCACUGAAUUAAAGCUCCUGUGAGGAGUUUUUUUGAUUUUUAAAAAAAGGACUGAAACUCAGAUUUAUGCAUCUUUAUAAUGCCCACAAAAAAAAAGACAAGGGACAAGAUUGAAUAUUUUCCUCAUUAAAUAUCAACAAUAAAUGAGAAAUUUGACUGUCAGAUUCAGCAGGACGAGAUUAUUUGUCAGAGGACAUCACUUCAGAGCAUAGAGAACAAGAUAAACAAAGACUGCUUUGUCCACAGAGGGCGCCAGAAUUGACACAAAGUGAAAGUCCCUUACAGGAGCUUUAAUAUUCCUCCUUUGUCUUGUGAAAAACAUAUUUUGGUAACACUCUAUGAACUCACCUCUUACAAUACAGAUAAACAGAAGAACUGUAACACCAGGAGGAGAAUUGGGUUUCAUAUGAUCAAACUUAAGCUAUUUUAAGACAUCACUUUAAAGCUUUCAGUUCCUCUGGCCAGCUAAUUGAGGAAUUGUAAUUUUGGAGGACCAUCCCUCUGUCCCACUUUUUGAGGAAGGCCUGGAGAGCAUAUUUUUAAAUUUGGCUCAAAACGAUGAUGCCUGUUAAUGACCAUUUGGCAUCCUGCCCUUGCUCCACUCUGUUCUCUUUUGUUCUGCUGCAGUGAGGAAAGUUCACUCAUUAUUUGCUCUGCAGAGAAACCGAGAAAGAGAUGUUCUCGCCCAAGAAGUUACACCUCCAAAAUUCAGUCCUCCCUCCUCUUCCUCCUUUUUGCCUCUCAGGCCAGCGGCUGGUACCGUCUGAUCCUCCGUGAGAACUUCCUGCAGGAGCUGCUGUCGGGGAUAAACGGAGGAGGAGAUCUGGCACAGAGGCAGAGGAUGAGGAACUUUGGGACGAUUCCUGCAUGGAGACACAAAAUGUCUUCCUUCCUGAAGAGGAACCCUCCUCCAGAUCAGGAGGAGCUGGUUCACUUGGCUCACCUGUCCUCCGUCAUCCCGGAUGAGGAGGUAAAACAGGCAGGGAAGCAGAUGUCCCAGAGGUGAGAGAAAAGAAAUGAAAUCUCUGAAUUUGUCUUUUUUACUGAAGUUUUGUUCAGCAGAUUUGAUGGCCACAGCAGUUCAGACGUUUACAGUUUUUGCACUUCUUCUCAAUUUCACCAGACUUUGAACCUGAGGGUCAGUUUUGGAUCAGCUGGUGUAACCCUUUUAAAAUAUGUAAACAUUGUCUUUAAAUUAAAAAAAAACUAAAUGAAUCACAUAGGCCUUUUAUUUUCUCUUGAUAUCAAGGUUUAAAGUAAUCUUGUGUCUUCGAUCCCUCAGGUGUCAGACCCUGAGGAAGCUGCUCCUCUCCUCAGGCCCGGUGUCUGUGGGGCACCUCCAGCUGGCCUUACAGUGGCAGUAUGAGCUGUUACGGAGCAACCAUGUUGAUCCUUUCCCCGCUGACGGCUCUACAAACAGAACAGCCCAGGAAGUUCCAGACAUGAGUAAAUGUGAAAGCGUUAAAGGAGCCGCUGAUCUCCUCACUGCUUCUUCUCCGGCUGCAGUACCUGGGUUGGUUUCGGCCGAGGGUAAACCCGCCUCCCUCAGCUCCUUUGACUCCGGCUUCGACGGAGCCGGGAGCAGUCAGCUAGAGACCCGAGACUGUAUGAGACCGGCUCUGAGGCAGCCACAGACCCACAGAGAGAUACUCUGCAGUGUUUCAGACUGUGAAGAUCUCAGAGAAGAGUUUGAUCUCGGUUCUGUGGGAAACUCCUCCAGGGCGAGCAUCCAUAUCAUCCCCAAAGCCUCGGUGGAGUCUCUAAACUUUGAGAUUAAAGUGAAACGCUCGGCCGCUCUGCCCAGUAAUCCCUGGCUCAGUCUGCCGGUGGACGAUCUUGAGAACUCGUACACUGUUACCAUCACGCAGAACUCCACGCCUCAACAGAGAGACCUCCAGCUUCAGCCCAGCAGGUCUCGAGAUCAGCCCACUCAGACUGAUGUGCCUAGCAGCUCUCAGCCGAGUGGGACUCAGACUAGAGACUGGCUCCUGCACUCACAGAGCAGUCUGGACGACCCUGAAUUAAGUCCUGUUCGGAACAUCCUUUCCAGCACCAUCACGGACCAGAGGGACAAGUCCGCCUGCACUACUGUGGAGGUCCCCACGCUGCUCUGGGACUCCUAUGACCUUCAUGACCAGGAGCAGGAUUCUGUUGAUCGGUAUAGUGGGUUUUUUGACAGCAAAGUAAAAAACUGACAAAAAAUUUGGUAGAGCGUGCGCUAAAUUUUUAAGAAACCUUGUUUUCUUGUAUUUUUUGCAGCCUGAUUGAUAUGAAGGACUGGGAUGUGAGGGAGCAGGAGGGUUUGAUGGAGGUGGAGAAGAUCCUGGACAGAGCAGAUGAGAUACUGGAGGUAAUUACACACCCGACACACCAUAAAUACUGAAAAGUUGUUCCUAGAGGCACAUUUACUCAGAUGUUGUCAGAUGACUGUCGGUGAGUUGUGAGAUUUGAUAAAAUAUCUCAUAUGACGUGAUUUUUCCAGUUUAAGUUAACGACAUGAUGAUGAUCAUCAACUUUAUCGCCUCUGUGCAGAAAGAGGAGAACGCUCUGGCUCAAGAGGCGGUGCUGGAUGCUCUACUGAGGUCAGAGGUCAGGCGCGAUGACUGGCCUGUGUGGGACAGCGAGGCCCAGUCUGGUCUGGUAUGUUAAAUAUAAACUGUAGAGGACAUGAGGGACGUAAGAAAUGUUGGUAACAUAUAUUGCAAAAUUUUAUUUUAUUGCAGGGUUCCUACACAGUUGGAAUUUCCAUACUUGUCCAUACCCUAUUUUUUGGAUUAUUUUUGGAAAUACCUACUUUCCUAUUUUAGAAAACAGUACUUUAUAACUGUGGUAAUGUAGUCUGUUAACAUCAAUAUUUUUCAUUCUUUAUUUUUCAUUUACCAUACUUUUUGAUCAAAUUACUUUCCAUACUUGCGCAGGAACCCUGUAAUUAAAUAAAUUUUAAUUAAACGGUUCUGUGGGAAUGGUCUUGACUGUCUGAAGUCAAGCAUCUGUUCCCACACUAUUGAGGUCUCUCAGACGUUAGUCAUGUGUCGAUUACAUUAAUGGCGGGUUAUCUGCUCAGUCAGACGCUCAGGCUCACAAACAAAAACAAGUUUUCACUUUCAGUCCUCUGUGACUCAGAUGUCAAAUUCUACCUUUCACUAAAUUACAGUCUGCAGACCCAAUUUAAAUUAUCAACAACAUGAUGUGAAGCCUCCCCUAAAGUGAAGCCAAAUUAUUUAAAGCUGCAUUGUCACUCUUAAAGUCUGUCUCCUCCAUGUAAGCAGAUGGGACAUGGCUCAGACGAGAAAAAUCAUAUUACUGUUUGAUUAAAUUUUACUUAAAGGGGUAUUACGGUGUAAAAUUAAGUGAGGGUCAAACACACAGUAACACCGAGUUAGAUACCCCCUUGAGAGAUGAAUGUUGCCGACUGCUUGCUUCUCUAGUUAUAACAACUUAAGUAAAGACCGCACGAUAGCAAUACACAGCGGUUUAUGGAGCCACAUGCACACCUCAACCAAAACGCCACUCUAUAGCCACAAAUAAUGCUCAGAACAGCACCUAACUUCAUCAACAGUACAUAUAGGGUCCUAAUCAUAGUACUAGCCACCAAAUAUUUUUUUAGCUUUGCCUGAUUUCUUUAGCAAAGAGACUAAACACAACUCACCUACUCUCUUCCAGCAGCCACUUGUUGUAGGGAGAGCUUGAGUCCAUCAGCGAGUGAGUUUCGCAGCUCAAGGAAGAACAUUUAUGAUCAUUUCUUCAUGGAAAUGCAAUCAGACUUAGACGCUAAGGCAGAAGAACUACCACAUCUGCAGUACAAAAUGAUUAUUAUGAUGAUUACUGCUUCAAGGAAAUGGUAAAGUAAUGAUCAUAAAUGUUCUUCCUUGAGCUGCGUAACCCCGCUGCACUUGCUGAUGGACUUGUCCAAGUUUCAGAAGGUGAAGGUUUUGAUUGUCUUUGGUUGUCAGCAAUGUCCACAAUGUGCAGUUUCAGUGCAGAUCUGUAGCUCUAGUUGUCGUUUUAGUCAAAUCAUCACCCCAAAGGGUUUAUUUCCUCUAAAAAUGUAUCACAGUCUUUUUUAAAUGCAUGAUUGCAAAAAAUGCAUUAAACCUGGUUAAACCUGCAAAAACUAAAACUGCAAAUGUUUGUUCAAACCUCCAGUCUGCUCACAGUGUUUUUUCUUCUUCUGCUUAUUUUCAAAGAUGUCGUCCAGUGAGCUGGCUGAAGCUGGUGUGAUCGGCCUCGACGAUUACCUCAACACAGCAGAGUCUGACGUCCUGAGUGAACCCAGAUCAGCUGAAAGUAAAGAUGAUGCUGCUUCAGGGGCAGAAACAGAAGCAUUUUCCUAUCGGUCAGACCUGCUGUCAGAGCUGAGACAAGUCCAGGUUCUGGAUGAGCUCAUCAUGGAGGAGAACCUCAAGAUCCACGAGCUCCGACACCGUGAACAAAAUGCCAUUGAGGAAGUAUUUGACACAAACAGAUCUGUGAGCAAAGAGAGGGAGUCUUUUCGUUUACAGGUGGAAAAAGAGAAACGAGAGGUGGAGAAGCUCGAGAAGAGUUUGGACAAAGAGCGUCAAGCCAAGAAACACAGACGCAGAGCUACAAAGGUGAUCAAAUGUUCCAUAAUGGAAAGAACCAGAACUGACAGCGAGGAGGACCGAGCUCUCUGUGAAGAGAUUUUGUCAGGUAACAGAUCACAGAGAGCAAGUUCAACAGAUUUGGUCUGCAGUGAAUCUCAGGAAUCUAGUGAACCAGUAUCAGGUCCUUAUGCUGCCAAAGAUGCUUUAGAAGAAUCAGUUCAACUUCCAGUUUCCCAAAAUCAGGAUUAUUCCUCUGAAGCUGAGCUAAAAGAGUCAAACAGACCAACUUUUAAAAGUACCUCUGAUUUAGACGAGCCUCCUGAAGAGCCGGGGAUCAAACUUCAUGGAGUUUUCACCAAAGAAGAAGAAGAAGAACAUGGAAUAUCUGAGGAGAGUGCUGCCAUGUGCAAACCAGAAGCUUCUUUAACCCCUGAAACGAGGCCAGAUGAUGGAGCGUUUGAUCCAGGUGGAGACUCGCUCUCUCCUCCUGUGCCCAAGCCGAGAAAGACCUCACUUCCUGUGAACAACAUCCUCAUCGAACCAGACCCUCCUCAUUCUCCAGAGAUGCAAAGUCCAUCUCCAACCUCAGUCCCUGAAGACCCUGGUUUGACACUGUUUCAUUUCCUGGAUGAAAACCCUGAUGCUCCUCCUGAGAACUUAACUCCGGGUGUCGACCACAGUUUGCUUCUGAACCCUAAUGUGAAAGAGCACAGCAACAACAACAACAACAACCACAUUGGGCAAGAAGUUUCGUUGUAUGAGGUGAACCCUGUAGAUGAAGAGGACACACCUGUGGGACCUGCAGAAGAAGAAAUCCAGACUCGGUCUCCUACAGACGAGCACCCACACCAGCUGCAUCCUGACGGUCCUCUGUACGAGUUUGACCCCAGAGGAAGAGACAAAACGACGCAGGGUGAAGACUGGACUGAUGGGGUCCAGGGAUCUCAGGUCAUGAGGGUACCAGAACCUGAACCACCUGGGAUCCAGGUGAAUUAAAACAUCUCACUAUUAAUUGAUCAAUGAUUUUUGGCGUCUUUUAAUGCACUAAGUCACUUAUUCCUGUUAUUAUAUUUGCAGAUAACAGAUUUUAAGACCCCCAUAAUUCUGGAUACAGGGUCCGGUUUAAUGAAAGCUGGAUUUGCAGAUCAAGACCUUCCCAGUGUUGUAUUCCCAACAAUAAUUGGGAGGCCAAAAUAUGAGGUAAGGUUUAUUAUUGUCCACUAAUCCACAUAACAAAAUAAAAGUCAUAACAGACUUUUAUUACAUGUGUUUGUUUCUGUGUUUGAAGGAAAUCAUGAACAGUAACCUUGAUAGGGAGACUUACAUCGGACAUGACGCUCAGCACAUGAGAGGAGUCCUGGCUUUACAGCAUCCCAUAAAAAACGGCGUCAUUACGAACUGGGACGACAUGGAAAAGGUGAGCGGGCGUUAAUUUUACUGGUUUGGACUUUGACCAGACACUAGUGUUGAUAUUGUGAAAGAAAAAGUGAAGGUCACCCUGCUGAUACAUCUGUUUAUGAGUAAUUUACUAACAUUUAAGCUAGGACAGUGGUUCUCAAGUCCACACCUGAUUCAAAUGAUCAGCUCGUUAUUAAGCUCUGUAAUGGCUUAACGAGCUGAUUAUUUGAAUCAGGUGUGUUGGAGCAGGGAAACAUCCAAAACAUGCAGGACAGUGGGCCUCCAGGACUGGACUUGAGAACCACUGAGCUCGGACACACAUUUGAUGACCGGGUACUUUGGUGGUCACUCAGAAUUGUAAUAUUUUAAAACCUGGUCUUUUCAGGUCCAAACUGAAGUUCUCCGAACAUUUUUUUCUGCAGUAAUUUAUAAAGUGGUUUGUUUUUCUUUCAGAUUUGGCAUCACGCCUUCCAGCUACUUUACGUAGAACCGGAGGAUCACCCAGUUCUGCUCACGGAGUCCGCCAUGAACCCCUUGCAGAACCGUCAGCGGAUGGUGGAGAUCAUGUUCGAGUGUUUCAGCGUUCCUUUCACUUACGUGGCCAUGCAGGCGGUGCUGGCUCUCUAUGCAGCCGGGAAAUCCACUGGUAAUCUUCCAUUAAAAUCUCCUUUCUGCCUUUUGAUUUGACAUUCAUGACUUCAUUUCUCAUGAAGUUGCAAAUCAAAAGUGCAUUAGGACCAUGUAAUGUUCGCGAUCCUGCUUAUUACUUGGCUAUUAAUCUGCUGGUGGAACAGACAUGCAAGCUAGGCUACAGUUUUUGGACCUUAGGUGAAUGCUCUACUGAGAAAGAUUGCUGCAUGUGUAUGAGCACGUUAAGUGUGUUGUGUCUGCAAAUAUUACAAAAACAAACUCGGCUUUCUGGUGGCAAAGUGCUGAAAAAUACAGAAAUGUCCCUUUUAAAAUACUUAUUUCUUCAGUUGUCUUAUCUCUGCUUGCUCAAUGGCUUGUUUUAGAAGUAGUUUUGUUUAAACAGAGAUUUUUGUUUCACUUCUGUAGGUGUCGUGUUUGACUCUGGAGAUGGGGUGAGCCACAGCGUGCCGGUGUUUGAGGGAUAUAGUCUACCUCACGCAGUGCAGCGCUUCCCUCUAGCUGGUGUCGAUGUGACAAUGCAUCUUAAAAAGGUAUAAACGCCUUCAUUUGUUUUUAUGAUGUCAAUUAAUAAAGAGAUCAAUAUUAGUGGCUCAAUAUUUCCCUGCUCUUGUGCGUGAAGCUGCUCCAGGAACAAGGGGUGAGCAUGCGCACCACAGCAGAGAUGGAGAUCGUGCGGGAGAUAAAGGAGAAGUGCUGCACCGUCGCUCUGAACUACGAGUCUGAGCUGACUUUGGGGAGGUCGUCCUGCAGAGAGAUGCAUUACACCAUGCCGGAUGGACAGGUUGUCACACUGGGCACAGAGAGGUUCAGGUAACUGUCCGCACAUCAUGUCCUGUUUUAUAAAGACACUCAAUCCACUCAGUGGGGCUCUGAAGAAAAUGACCAAGGGGAAAGAGGAAAUUACUCCAUAUGAUGAGGAAAAAAGAAAAAAUCCAAAGAAAAAAUUAGAUGUCAAAAAGCUGUCUAUUGCUCAGUGGGCUGACAUAUAUUGAAGUUUUUGACUUAUUGUGACAGAAAGAGUUCACUUAAAGUUCUUGUUUCUCAUCACUAACAGGCUCAGAUUGUCGUUUAAAGUGCCUGACAACAUUACACAAAGGAUCCCUAAAGAGAGAGACAUAUGUUGUAGAGGAAGAUGAUUUUUAUGAAGCUGUUAUAACACUUCUUUGUGCUCAUAAAUUGCAGCUAUUGCAGCAUGUUUCGCUGCUGCUGCUAAUAUAAUAAAUCAAAGCAUUUCCAAAUCUAUUUCUUGUUAAACCAGCAGCAGUCACUCUGGCGUCAGUCUUGUUAUACAAAGUGAAAUGUGAGAUGUUUCAGAGCACAAGAAUGACAUGUGUGCAGCACCUGCAGGAUGAGACAGACUGUUCUGACGGGCUACCUGCUUCUUUACAGAGCUGACUCCUCAGACACCGCAGCUCCAUUUUUAUUCCUCAUUCUUUCAUAUGUUUACUUCCUCCUGUCCCCCUUUUUUAUCCAGGGCCCCUGAGAUUCUCUUCAAGCCCGAACUCAUCGGACGGGACCAUUACGGGAUGCAUGAGAGCAUCUUCAAGUCAAUCCUCAGCUCAGACAUUGACCUGCGGCGCUGCUUCCUGGGAAACAUUGUGCUGUCAGGUAACAGCUGACGUUUGUUACGGUGUUACACAACAGUCUGAGGGUUUUCUCCAGCUGUGCUCUGAUUCCUGCUUUGGUUUGGAUUUGUUUGGUGCUUAUUUUCCCCUCUAACUAAAGCGUGGAAACCUUGGAUCGAGCAAUAUUUAAAUCAGAUCAAACUGAUACUUUCUAAUCAAUAACCACAUCCCAGUCUACGGGUACGAAACCACAAAAAGAAAAAUGCCGGUGCUGUCUAAAUGCUGUCUCCCUCAGAGCACUGGUUUCGCCAUGUUUCAGUUUCUUUCUCACCUCUUACUGUAGGAGGGAACACCCUGCUGGAUGGCCUACCUGAGCGACUCCAGGCUGAAAUCAAAGGACUGGUUCCACCCGACAUGGGGAAGGCCGUUCGCGUCACCAGCCCUAAAGACAGAGACUUCUCAGUGUGGAGCGGAGGAGCGGUGCUGGCCAACCUCCAAACUUUCAGCUCGACGUGGAUCAGUCAGGAGGAAUACGAGGAGUACGGACCCCAGAUCGUCUUCAGGAAGUGCUUCUGA